GCCCUUUAGUCUCGUGGCACGUGACGGGGCGGGGCGACGCUGGUAGGUGGGUGAAGCCGGAAGAGGAACCCCAGUGAAUUUACCACCAGGCGAGAUGAGUGGUUUGGGGAAGCUAUUUGGGAAAGGCAAGAAGGCCAAGGCCCCCACCCCUCAGGAGGCCAUCCAGAAACUGCACGAGACGGAAACAAUCCUCGUCAAGAAGCAGGAAUUCCUGGAAGAGAAGAUCCAGCAGGAGCUACAGUCGGCUAAGAAACAUGGCACAAAGAACAAAAGAGCUGCUUUGCAAGCCCUCAAGCGGAAGAAACGCUACGAGCAGCAGCUGGCCCAAAUCGACGGGACCCUCUCCACCAUCGAAUUCCAGCGCGAGGCCCUGGAAAACGCCACCACCAACACCGAAGUGCUCAAGACCAUGUCGGACGCUGCCCGGGCCAUGAAAGAGGCGCACCAGCAUAUGGACAUCGACAAAGUGGACGACUUAAUGUCCGAAAUCACCGAACAGCAGGACAUCGCUCAGCAGAUCUCCGACGCCAUAUCUAAGCCGGUUGGCUUUGGGGACGAUGUGGAUGAGGAUGAGCUGCUGGCUGAACUGGAAGAGAUGGAACAGGAAGAUCUGGACAAGGAGCUUCUCAACGUGGGCGAGACCAGUCCGGAGCUCCCCAGUGUCCCCUCUUCUCGCCUCCCCAGUGUGCCAGCUUCCAAAGUGCCCUCCGCCUCCCUGGAUGAGGAAGACGAGGAAAUGAAACAGCUCGCCGCCUGGGUGUCGUGAUGCAUUGUGGGAAAUUCCCCCCUCCACCUCCCUUGGUUUUCUUCGCAGAUAGCGGCAGAGAGGAGCCAUUUUGUCCCCUCCGGUUUCCAUUGCCAGGGAAGUUUUUUUGGGGGGGAGGCGGAGGGGAGGACAAAAAAAAAAAGAGAGAGGGGAGGGGCGGAAGUCACACACACCCUGCCUAAAAUGACCUUACGUGCCGAAUGUAAAGAGUUUUAUAGACAGAUUUAUAUAAAUAUAUAAAUAUAUAUAUAGAUAUCUAUAUCAACCAUAGGAGAAGGGGGAUCCUCUUUGGGGGCGGGGCUUAAAAGACCUCCCUCCCUGCCCGCCCGCCCCCCACCCCCCUCCCCAUACACAGACUGAAUCUUUACAUCAUCUUUUAGGGAUUAACUUUUUUUUCUUUCUUUUUUUUUUUUCAGUCCAAAAAUUAAAAAAAAAAUAAACAGGAUUUGUGCCCUUCGUCAGGGAGGGGGAGGGCUCAGGAGGAGCGGAGGGUGUGACACACAAACACCCCCCCCCCCACACACACACACAUAUUUACUCCCUGAAAAUGAAGCUUGGGGAAAAAAAUUCUCCAGAAUUUGUUCCUUUGUUCUGUCCUCUGUCUGGCUCACUGUCCGAUUUUGGGGGAGUCGUUCCCACAAUUGGUGCUCUCUCUCUCUUUCUCUCUCUCUCUCUCUCUCUCUCUCAUUCUGUCUCUCACUCUCAUUCUUUCUUUUUCUCUCUCUUUCUCACACUCUUUCCCUUUCUCUCAUUCUCUCUCUCACUCGCU